GCUGCCUGCCUGCCUGCCUGCCUACUCUAGUGUGGCUCUUGGUGCCUCUGGUUCAAAGUGCCGUAGACAUUAAACAUUGUAUUUCAUAUUAAACGUAAAAAAUGUCGCGAAGGGCGAUUAAAGCCAUAAAUUGGGCAGCAAUAGCAGAAAGAGUUCCAGAAGAACAGAAACAAGUUUUCGUGGCAUUUAAAACAAAAUCUGAUCAAUAUUUACGUCGAAUGAUGGCAAAUCCUGAAUCUUCACCACAACUUAACUGGGAUUACUACAAAAAGAAUGUGACAAUACCUGGUCUUGUUGAAAAAUUCAAGAAAGAGUACGAAGCAUUAACAGUACCAUAUCCAGCUGACAAAUAUACUUCUCUUAUUGAUAGUGAAGAAAAACAGAUGCUUAUUGAUGUUGAAGAAUACCGCAAAAAAUCUGAAAAAGAAAUUGAGAAUAUUAACAAAUCUAUUAGUACUCUAAAAGUCAUGAUGCCAUAUGCUGAAAUGACAAUGGAAGAAUUCGUGGAACAUCAUCCAGAAACUCAUAGUGGUGUAGUAAACAAUCCUUCGAUCUGGCCACAUACACCUGAAAUGAAAGAAGCCGAAGAAGCAUCUCUAAAGCCUCCUGGACAAGAUCAUGAUCAUUAAUUUAUUUCUACAAGUUUAUAGCAAUAUCGUAGUCUAUAAAUAUGUAAAGAAUAUUAUUGGCAUACAACAAGUGAUGUUUGAAUUAACCUGUAUCCACAAAAAAUUAAAUCCUAAUACAUUUUAAGAAAUGUUUUUGAUUUAUACAUUAUUGUAAAUAAAUACAUACAGCAUACAGCAUGA